GCUUGACAAAGUUAACCAUCACAUUAUAUAAUCAUUGUUCUUCCAAUCCUCUCAUUGACUACCUAUUUUCUUUGCAAAUUGACAAAAAUUGACUAUUCCUCUACAUGGUUUAUGCAAACAAUUGACUGAUUAGCUGGUUUUAUGAUAGUUGGUUUAUACAACUAACUGGUUUAUGUAAACAAUUGGCUGCAUGUGUUGUGUUGCUGAUUUAUAGCACAUAAGAAGGUAUUCUCACUCAUUUUCUCUUUCUUUUUCUCUCUCUUUCUCUCUCUCUCUCUUGUCCGCACAACCACAACAAACAACACCAUACCUCACCUCCGCCACAAUCACCACCGAACAAGACAUCACCUUCGCCUUAGUUCGCCGCCCAAUCCAUCGCGGCUACCUAAUCAACCCCCACCUCCAACGUGAUAUCUGGUCUCAUCUCUUCACCUCAAUCCUUCACAUAAACCCUUCUCAAUCCUCUGUCCUUCUCAUUGAACCUCUCUUCACUCUCUCAUCAAUUCAACACUCCAUUGACAGAAGAAGGAAGCACUUACUCAACACAGGACAUGGAAAAAGAAAUUGCACGUUAAGGGUACCCCCAAAUUCUAAAACAAAGCGGUUUCAGUUUUUGACUCUGUCAACGUGGGACUUAUACAAAACUGGUCGGGUCGUGGGUUUAUUCAUAAAAUAACCGACAGGGGUUGAAAAUGUUAGGGGAUUUUCUUACUCGAUGUCUUAUUUUGCUUCUUGGAUACGCAUAUCCUGGUUUUGAAUGCUAUAAAACUGUGGAGAGAAACAGGGUUGAAAUGGAUGAACUUCGUUUCUGGUGUCAAUACUGGAUCAUUGUGGCUUUUUUCACAGUACUAGAAAAAUUUGCAGAUGUAGUUAUUGGGUGGAUGCCCUUGUAUGGAGAAUUGAAGCUUGCCCUCUUUAUUUACAUGUGGUAUCCCAAAACUAAGGGGACAGGAUAUGUUUAUAAUAAAGUAUUGAGACCAUAUGUAUCUAAGAAUGAAAUUGAUUUUGACCAAAAGUUCCAAGAGUGGAGAGUUAGGGGAUGGGAUUUGGCAAUUUUUUACUGGCAAAAUUGCACUGAAUUGGGGCAGACUGCAUUUUUUCAAGUUAUUGAUCACAUUUCUGCUCAAUCUAAGAGACUUUCCGGCAAAACUUCCAAGAAGAAGAAAGAUGCAAAGGGUCCUCCUAUUCCUAGUGCCCCACCAUUGCCUGAAAUAAGAUCAGCUUUGUUUGACAUUCACCAAAAUGAUUUCGUGGGUCGCAAGAAAAAGUAAGCACCUCUACAAAGUCCAACUAACCCCCAUCAAUACAGUGAUCCAGCCCAAUAUGGAAGCCCACUUUGUGUUGAAUUACAUUUUUGUACAUAUACUCAAGUUAAGCCCAGCAAGGAAAAAACCAUUCACCAUUGAUGAUGCUUACUAAAUUCUACUUGUAAAUUGUAACAUAACAUUGUGCUGCUGAAAAUUGUUUUGCUUUGAACAAUUUCAAUUGUGACUUGUGAUCAAAUUCUUAUAUGGUAAAGGCCAACUGAAUUAACCAU